AUUGUUACUUGAGAUAUUGCUGUUUUCAAUUUGGUAACUUUGUUCCAAUCCAUUUUUUUUUAUUACGAGUUACCAGAAAAAGCUCACUUCUUUCUUCAUUGUUGGCUCUUUCCGUCUCUCUUGACCUCCACUGCUUCGGUCCCACUCUUUCUUUUCUGCCCCUUCAGCUACUCUUGGUCCUAAUAGUUUCUUAUGUAUUUAAAAUUAGAUAAUGGGCUACGUCAAAAUUACAAGAACAAAAAAAUAUACAUUUUGCUGAGCUGCUCAAGUGUUGUCAACGAUCCACUACUCUAAGGCUUACUUUCUGUUCUUUCUGUUGAUAUUGUUUUCUUGGUUCAUGUUAAUUGCGUGUGCACUUUUUUAAAAAACAGAUAUGAUAUCUUAUGAAAUCAUAGAUCAGCAAAAGCGUUUCUUGAGGAUGGACAAGUAGUAGAACACCUCAACCAAUUUUUUUCUAUGGUAAAAACUUGUAGAAAGCGUGUUGAUUGUGGAAUUUUAUACAUUUUAGCUGUAAGUUAUUAAAUCUAGAUAAGGUUAGGAGUUGCUGGGAAACUGAUAGAUGGUUAAGUUUUAAGUCGGUUAGCGUUGUUCAAUACCUACACUUUUUGUUCCUUCCUUUCUUUUUUUUUUAUUGUUUUAGUGGCUCAUGUUUGGGCAAACACUGCUAAGUGAUGGAAUAACCAGAAACUUCAGCACAGAGUCUUGAACUUAUUAUUCUUAUUAUGAGUCAUGAAGAAUGUGACUUUGCUGAAGAGAUUUGUAUGGACGUAAUUUAUUAGUUGAUCUAGAAUCUUGAUAACUGAAAGAGGGGCUAAAAUUAAAUAUGCGGUUUGCAGUAGCUAUCUUUUUUUCUCCCAAAAGAAUCAGCCUUUGUGUGUCGAUUCUGUUCCUAGGAUAGUCUCAUGUUUCUUCUAUUGAGAGUCUUUAUGUGGGGAGUCGUUUAGAUACUUAUUACUACCAUGUUUGCCUUUUAUGCUUUCAUGCUAAAAAGAAAACUAAACUUCUCUUCUUGGUGGAGUAAUUUUAUUGGAAGUGUUUAUGGAACUAUUCCACAUUCACAUCGUUGGAUCUCAUUGACUUUGGUUUUAAAAUCGAUUUUCUCAACUCAGAAUCGUUAUGCUCAGUGUGACAACUUUGAGCUUGAUAGGAAACCUGUAUCGUUGAUAUUCUUGGCUUGCUAAGCUUUUACUCUGUCUCUCUCAAAGAUUCGUAUUUCAAUGGACCUUUGUGUUUAUUCCGUGUGGUUGUUGUGUGUGUGGAGAUAACUUUUAAAUACAAAAGGAAGGGAAUCUUUCUCUCAGUACGCAACCAGUAAAAGGAACCGUUUGUGAAUAUUCCAGACCAUAAAAUCCGCAAGGCACUCAAAGUCCUCCUAGAUGAGAAAAACCACCCGGUUCUGAUUCAUUGUAAGCGAGGCAAGCAUCGGACAGGUUGUCUGGUUGGUUGCUUGAGAAAACUCCAGAAAUGGUGUUUGACAUCAAUAUUCGAUGAGUAUCAGCGAUUCGCAGCAGCAAAAGCUAGAGUUUCAGAUCAAAGAUUCAUGGAGAUAUUCGACGUUUCCAGCUUCAGUCAUAUUCCUAUGUCUUUCUCGUGUUCCAUCAGUGUUGAGAGAAAGUGUAAGCAUGACGCUGAUUCUUCAACAACAAGCGAGGCAGAUUCUUGCUUGCAGUUGCAGGAGGAACAAGUCGAGUUUUUCUUUGUCCCGUUCCUACGGAACUCUAUGGUCACCGGCGAACCAAACUCUGCAAAGUCUGAUAAAAGCGGCUUCAGAUCACAAGGCACCAAUCAUUCCCGUGCUCGAUCAAUGGCAGCAACAAGGGAAUCAAGUUAAGCCGUCAGAUAUCAGAGGCCUCAUCAAGAGUCUUCGUGAUUCUAAUCAAUUUUCUGAUGCACUCAAGGCAUCAGAGUGGAUGAGUGAAGCAAAGGUUUGUAAUAUUUUCUCGAAAGAUUACGCAGCUCGGCUUCAUCUGAUCGAGAAAGUGUUGGGUUUGGAAGAAACAGAGAAGUUCUUCAAAAGAAUCCCUGCGAACAUGAGGGAUUCCUCAGUCUACUCCACGCUCUUGACCUCAUACACGAGAAAUGAGAAAACACUUGAUAAAGCCGAGUCCACUUUCAAGGAGAUGCAAGAACUCGGUUUCCUCUUGAAACCUUCAGUACCGCACAACGUGAUGAUAUCUUUCUACAGUCAGCUAGGAAAACGAAACAAAGUCGAGAAGCUUUUGUAUGAGAUGGAAGAGAACAAAGUGAAGCCCGACAAUGUCACCGUAAACAAUGUUUUAAAGCUAUACGCUGAUGCAUCCGACGUAAAGGCGAUGGAGAUGUUCACGAGAAUGUGGGACGUUAAUAAUGAAGAGGAAGAAGAAGUAAUCAAAUUGGAGCAAAGCACCAUCAUUGCAAUGGCAAAGGCUUACGUUCGAGUUUGUUCUGAAGAAAAAGCGAUAGAGAUGUGUGGUAACGUGGCAGGGAGUACAAGAGAAGUGCACAGUCUGUGGAACAAGUACUGUAAGAAGACGGGAAAGGUGAAGGAAGAGGGACAUCGAACGGUGAUUAGAGCUUUGUUGAAGCUGGACGAUGUGCAAGGAGCAGAGAAGAUAUAUGAAGAGUGGAAAGAUAAGGAUAUAAGCGUAGCGGGUUUGCUCCUCUCUCGUUAUUGCGCGCAAGGUAACAAAGUGAAGGUAAUUAAUCUGGUCAAUGGAUUGGUUUCCAAAAGUCCAAUGGCAAAGCUAAGAGCGAUGUGUGAUGAUGGUUUAAUGAUUUUUUUAAUGAUGUUUUUAGUGGAAGUUAGCCUCAUUAUAACUUUCAUGGUGGCGACUCUGUGUUUUAUUAGAAUCAUUGUGGGGUUGGCAUUUGGAAUUUAGCCUCAUUAUAGCUUGGAUGGUGAUGAUUCUGGUUUUUAUUAGAAUCAUUGUGGGGAUGGCCUUUAUAUAAAUUUGGAAUAAAUGUGUGCCCUUUGUUUGGGGGCGGCCUUGAAAUAAA